GAUUGCAGCAAACUACAAACGGGUCUCUCGAAGAAAAGUGAAAGUGCUACAUUUCUUUUACAAAGAAAAAAAACCCAAACAUUUUCCUUCUUAUUGAUUUACGACAAGAUCUAUUUUUGUUGUUAAACAAAAGUGAAAAAUAAGACGCCGAGUUUUGUAAAAAAAUCUGCGCUUUGAGUGGCAAAGAAAGAACUAAAAAUGGCCACUACCUAUGAGGGAAAUGGCGACUAUGUCGAUAAUUCUGGUGGGGGAGAACAGCACCAGCAUCCUGACACUAACUACCUUAACGAAAAGGCAAAUGAAUAUGUGAGGGAAUGUUUAAAUGAGAAAUCACGAAUGGAUCGAAAGUUCCCCAUAGCGGAGAAGCUACUGGACGCAGAAAUUGACAAAGUGCAAACCACUGGACGUUUACCAUCCAAAGAACAAAAGUAUGCUGAUAUUUAUAGAGAAAAACCGCUGAGAGUGUCACAAAAAGUUUUAGUACCCAUAAGGGAACAUCCAAAGUUUAAUUUCGUUGGCAAGUUAUUGGGACCCAAAGGCAAUUCGUUACGUCGCCUUCAAGAAGAAACCAUGUGUAAGAUGACCGUACUGGGACGGAAUUCCAUGAGAGAUCGCGUCAAGGAGGAAGAAUUACGCAAAUCGAAAGAUCCCAAGUACUCACAUUUGAAUAGUGAUUUACAUGUGGAAAUUUCUACUGUAGCACCUCCAGCAGAGGCAUAUGCCCGCAUAGCGUAUGCGAUGGCUGAACUUCGUAAAUAUCUCAUACCGGAUAGCAACGAUGUUAUUCGACAAGAACAAUUACGUGAGCUUAUGGACAGUACCCACAUAUCGGAGGAGCAUAAAACGUCUGGUUAUAAGAAAAUUAUGCCAUCACAUGCCUCCUCUAGCGGUGGUGGGGGUGGUGCAGGAAUUAUAACUGGCACCGGCAGUGUAAUUACAUCGAAUGUUUCAAAGAACAUGGUACCAUAUUCCAAAACAGCAGGACCAGCAUCAAAUUCAGCCGCAGCGUAUAAUAAAAAUAAUGCUGCACCCAAACAAAAAGUUAUGUCAAUAUUGGAAAAGGCCCGUUCGGCUAUGGAGGAAACAUAUGGACGUGGCUAUGACGAAAGUCAAUCGUUCGAACAUCUGCAACAGGGAUAUGAUGCCUAUUCGUAUCCACAGCAAUCAGCACAAUCAGCUGCUCAUGUAUCACAAACUUCUGGCAUUGGCAUAAAUCACUUGAAUACAGUGCGAGGCCCUUACGACACAGGCGAAUAUGAAACAAAUGAUUAUAAUAGACGGGGAGGAGUGGGCGGAGAUUAUUAUCAGAAUGCUGCCACAACAUAUGGCGCAGCUGGUGGUGGUGGUGGUAUCCAACCGAAUGGCGGUCUAAAUCCGAAUCAAACGCCAAAUCGAAGUCAUGUUAACAGGUGAAAUUUAUUUGUAGCGCCAUCAACAAAUCACACAACAACACAACAAAAAUCACAUCAGCAGCCCAAUAACAACGUUAUUUCGAACACAUGUUGUCCCACGAUUUCCUCUUCUACAUCUACAACUUUGAAACCAGGAAACUUACUACACCAACUGUCUGAUAUACACGAUCCCCUAUUGCCAGGACGCGCAGGUGCGGGCGGAGUUGGCCCAAAACAUGAACUAAAUAAUAAUUUAUAUAAAUCCUCAACAAUCUCCUCAUCAUCUGUAUCAUUACAUCUGGCUGGCACUUAUCAACAACAAACAAACGUAGGAACAGGCACAACUAAAAACAAUAACAAUCUAAAUCAUUCCUACAAUGGCCCAAUUCCUCUUACACAUAUGACAAUACCAACAACACAAAAUUUCCCACCGUCUUCUGACACAACAUCAGCAGCAGCAACAAUUUCCAAUAAUCUUAAUAACAGUAACAAUGAUAAUCAAAAAACGACAACAACAGCAACAUUAUUACCACCAAUUCAGAACACUAUCUCAAUGUCUGAUACAACAAAUCAACAACAACGUACGGCAGCAAACAGCUUAUUGUUCGUAAGACCCGCAAAUCAUUCAACAACAACCACUACUACCCUACAUGUUGGUAAACUACCGUUUUUGCCGGUGCAGCAGUUUAUCUGAAGCAUACAUAUUCAGCUAUAAUAAUAAAAACAACAACAACAGCUACUACUACUACUACUACUCCUUACAAAUCUACAAAAACAAAAUCACCACCCACCAACCAACCAUAUACUUCUCCCUCUUUAUACAAGAACAAAAACCAACCAGAACAACAAAAACUAAACAAGAACACAAUACUGUUUUAUUUCAUCUUACAUUAUAUAUUAUUGCGUAUUUUUAACUAAUAUUUAUAAUUUUUAAAAACAAAAGCGUAAAGAAACAAAAGAAUUAUUAUAUUUACAUUAAAAUUAUUCACACGCAGUUCGGCGCAUGAUUCCUGAUACAAGGUUUUGAGAGCGAUAUUAUUUUCCGUAAAAAAGCCACAAAAACAAAAUUAAGAUAAAGUCAAAAAUCUUGGAUCACUGCUAAUUUAUUGACUAGCCAACAAACAAGACAAAAAAACUAUUUUGAUCAAAAAAGUUCUAAAGACAAAAUUGGAUUGGAUGAUAAAAAUUUCAAAUUUUAUUUCAAGCCAUUUGCUAUAAUUUCGAAAAAACCAAAAAUAUAUCGAAACCUUGGCAUGGAUUAUGCCGUCCCUGUGUUACCUAAGGCUCAAAGUCUUAUAAAUACAAAAACAAAAAAUAAAACAUAGACACGUUUAAAACAAAAUAACCAUAACAAUGAGAUAAUUUCAUUAAGAAAACAAAAAAAAACAAACAAGAAUUAAAAUUCAAUGAACAAUUAACUAAUUGAAAAUUAAAUAGUAAGAUAAACCCCCAGAUAACAGGGCGGAGAACAGAAAAAACUAAAAUGAAAACAAACUUACAAAAUAAUAUUUACUAAUUAUUACAAAACCUUAAGCAUAUAUACAUCUAUAUAUAUAUAUAUUUACAAAUAAAUAUUGACAAGGAUUAAAAAAACAGAAAGAGAAACAAAAACAUUAAUAUAAACUUCUAAAAAUUCCAAAAUAUAACUAACUGCAUAAUUUGAUUAAUGACUAAGAAAAAAAAACUCAAGCGACCCUUGGAAACUUUAACAACAACAGUCUAAUGUGAAUAAAACAACAACAACAAAGAAAAGAAAUAAAAUUUAAACAUGAGUUAAAACUACAUAGCAAUGAAACAACAACUUAAAAUGCAACACUUACAAUUGUGUAUAACUUAAAUAAAACAAAUAAAAAGGCAUAAAGAAUUUUAAGAGUAAAUAAAAACAAAUCUAUAUAUAUAUUAAUAUAUACAAACAAAAAACAUUUAAUAUUUAUCAUUACAGAAAAAAAGCGAACGAAAGCAUAAAACAAAGAGGGAAAUAAACAAAUACAUAAAAGUAAUAUAUAUAAAAUAUAAAUAUUAACGUACAAUAUCACAAAAAACGGGCACAUAAUAAAUUAAUAUGAAAGAAACAAAACUACUAUAAAAACAAAAGAAAAAAACGACAGAUUUUCAAAAUAAAAACAAAAAUAACAAUUAACAAUUUUUUAAAACACUCUAAAAAGACAAAACAAGUAACAAGUAAAUGAAAAAAGUAAAAAAAAAUCAUACAUUCGCAAAAAAUGCAAAACAACAAUAACACAAUGAAGUACACAUUUCCCCAAAUGUUACUCUUAAUGGAUAAUAAAGGAAUGAAUCGAAACCACAAGGAGAAAUACACAUAAUUACUUUAUAAAACAAAUAAAAGGAAACAAAGAUACAUACAAACAAACAACAUGGAAUAAUAUAUAUACAUAUAUAUUUAUAUGAUCAUACUUAUGCGAAAUUUAUUAAAUAUGCAAUAUAUCUAAAUGUUAUAAAGAAAUCGAUAAAAUCUAAAAAAAAACUAAUUGUCCAAUAAAAGUCAAUAUUCGCCUAUGAAA